AUGCCCGUAAAAAGUCCAACAGUUAACCCAGAAGGUCAAGAAAUCCUUUCUACUCAGAAGAGAUUACUUGGUCAAUCAUCUGAGAUGAACGAAAAGUCGAAAGAUUUAGUUCUUCCAGAUAAAAUUCUUCACCCUCCUCCUGAGGAUGAAGAAAAAGAAGAAUUGAAGAGGAAGAUUCGAUUCUUGGAGGUACAGAAUGCAAAAUUAACUAAAGAUUGUAACACCCUUAAAACCACUUACAAAGGGUUGCACGAUUUUACCAAAAAGCUUCAUGCUACUCAUGCUAUUGUUAUUAAAAAAAAUACCCAAUUGAGAGGAUACGUUGAAACGUUACAAUCCCAACUUAGUGGGAAUUGUAACAGACAACAAGAUGACUCACUAUGCUUUGUAGAAGAUCAGGAACAAGAUCAAGAACAAGUUCAACCAGAGCAGAGUCAAGUUGAUCCGUAUGAUGACCCAAUUAAAUUGGGUCGUGUUCUCGAAGACGACGAUUCCAAGCUUUCACCCAUUGCCAGAUUGAUUAAGAGGUUUGAAUUCAGAUACAAUUUUCACCUUGAUAUCGAAACUAAUCUUGCAAAACAAUUAGCCAUCAUUAAUCAGGUUGAAGUGGCUCGUGACAACAGCCACAAACCGGAAGAAUUUGAUGUGACACAAAUGCUCGCAACACUAACAAUUCCUCAAGUUCCUGAGGAUAAAAAAUGUGAUGACUUUUGUUACUCAAGUGAGAGAUAUUGGAGAGGCAAACCACCCUCAAUUAAUUUACAAGCUACUCUCAAAUAUUUGUCGGAGACAAGAAAGCCUUUGACAUAUGAGAAAAAUUUGGGUAACCAAGCUUCCUUGAUUGUCCAACAACUUCCUGAAGAUUUUGGAAAUGUGUCUUCAAAAGUUGUUGAUGGGAAGCUUGGAAAGAAAAAGCGGUUUAGAUCUUUUUGUAAAAAGGUUUUGAGCCGCUUAAAGUCGGUUGUCAAACAUUGA